CGUAGUUUGACAUCUCCUAGGCAUUCACGAAGCUGGCGUACAUGAGCCGCAUUGCUAGAAUUUUCCGCUGUCAUCAGCAUCUCAACGUUUCUUGUUUUCGCCCGGCCCCGAGAGCCUUUCGCGCCGUUCGUUCUCAAAGGUACCUGUUUGCCGUGCACUGCCCAGCCUUCCCAGUCCCAACGAAUAUGUCGGGAACAGCCAGAAAACGAGCGGCAAGCACUACUGGAGCGUCCUCGAGCGGAGACCAGCGCGGAAAAAGACAGCGGCUUCCUGCGACGUGCGAAUGGAUCCUGCGCGAGGCAGCCUACCGAAGUUGGAAGGACAUUGAGAAUGUUGAAUCACCUGUCCUUUGGAUCCACGGUCCCCCAGCCUGCGGUAAAACGUUCCUCACGCAGUUCAUCCUCGAGGAUAUCCAGCGGGAGGAGACAGGAGCGGUAACACUGGCAACACUGUCCUACUUCUGCGACGCAAACUCUACUCCCGCAUCGGUACUCCGAUCGUUCCUCGUCCAGCUUCUGCAGUCUCGGGCACUGGCGGACAGAGACCGAGCCAUUAUUACCGAAUUCGCUGCUGAGGUUGCGCCCGGCGACGACGUUUUGCCUUUGGAUGAGACAUAUAGGCUAUGGGACGCAUUCUCCAGCGUCAUUCCUGAUCUUGACUGUGUACGCAUUGUCAUCGACGGCCUAGACGAGCUCCCGGAUAACAAUGCGCAACCCUCGGCUUUUGACCUCCCUUCCAGGCUGGCAGACUUGGCGCGAAGUCAUGCCGCGGUUACGAAACUGCUCCUCUCAAGUCGUACGGUGUCAAAUAUCCGAAGAGCGACAGCGGGCUCUGCCAGUAUUCCUGUGACAGCUGCCUCAGUCCAGGAAGACUUGGAGCUCUUCAUCCAAACCGAACUUGCGGAGCACCCAGGAUUGAAUCCAUGGAGACGUAGCGUCUGUGCCGCUGUAUUGGAGCAGGCUGAAGGCAACUUCAUCUGGGCCGUUCUUGCGGUGAAGAAGCUGGCCGAGGAAGCUCCUCUUUCCGCUUCGCUCGAAGAUGAGGAACAGUUCUCAGAAAGCCUGAAGAGCAUACCCGCCUCCCUCGACGACCUAUACCUUUCGGUGUUCUCAAAGCAAGCCGCAGGCCUUACCAGAAGCCAGGUUUUGCUUCGUGAUCAGAUUCUCCGAUGGAUCUUGUUUGCGGUUCGCCCACUAAGUCUUGUCGAAACAGCCAAUGCCAUCGACGUUGAGUCAAAUGCCUUCAUUCAAGAUCUUGAGGCCCAGGCAAUCGAGGUCUGUGGCUCGCUCAUCAAGAUCGAGAACGGCGUCCUGAAGCCCGUCCACCACUCAUUACGCGAGUUCCUCCUGAGAGACCACCCGGCGCAAAAAGAAAUACUGAGCGUCGAGCGAGGAUCCAGCAAUCUAAGGAUUGCCAAGUCCCUCGUAACGUAUCUCGCCCAUCCUUCUUUUUCCAGCAUUGAGGACCCUCUAAACAGCGCGCACUUUCCAACCACACACCCGCUUGCGGAGUACGCGAGCCUCUACUGGGUUUAUCAUGUCAGCAAUGCCGCCUAUGACACAAACCUGCAGGCUUCCAUCAGUCAGUUUUUCAGCAAACCCACGAACUGGGUGGAAUGGGCAGACAAAUUACUGCCCCACUUUCUUCCACGGUCAAGGUUGCAGAUUCCGCCACGCCCGUUCAAUACAGCUCGCUUCCUCCACCUCUUCAUUUUGAAAGCGCAGCUCGUCUCCUACUUCAAAGAGCCGGAAAAGACAGCAUUUGCAAACAUGGUGGAGGAUUCGUUGCGGCUCACCUAUGAAAGCUUCGUGGCCCAAGCCCAGUCAAAGUCGGGCCCCGAGAGCCUUGAAGCGGUGCGUCGUCUGCUCGAUCUUGCCGAGGUAUACAGCUGGCUGCCGAAAUACAAGUCUCAGGGACUGGCCCAGCUACAGGCUGCUUCGUUCAUUAUCUCUGGGGCUUCUGAGCCGGGUGCCCCAGAUCUGGGCAUUACAGUAUCCCAGGCACUGGCGGAUGAUUACAAGCGCGCAGGGAGGUACAAGGAUGCGCAGCAUAUUCUUGAAGGCCUGAUAUCGAAUGCCCGCCUAUCAUCGAAAGAUCCCAGACAAAUGUUCGCCAUCGACAGUUUAGGCUGGGUGGCUAUGCGACUGGGUGACAUGGAGGCAGCUCAGACCUACCUGGAAGAUGCCAAAACCCUUGCAGCCCAAAUCUACGGCACCCAGUCACCGAUGACUCUUCGCUCAAAGGUGACGCUCGCCGAAGUGCUCGGCAAACUCGGAAGGCAUGAGGAAGCCGAAGCUCUCUGCAGUGAGUUAAAGGAGCAGUUACGCCAGCAUCGCGACGAUGGAGUUCCCCUGCCAAAAGAUAGCAUCUCGCAACUGCACACUUUAGGGGCCAUUUUCAUGCAGGAAGAGAAGUUUCGAGAAGCGAGGGAUACGUAUCGGGUCGUUGUCGAUGACAGGAGGAAGAUAUUCGGCGGCGAGCACGGAAUGACUCUUGGGGCGGAGAUGCAAUUGGGUAUUGCACUGGAGAAGUCUGGGGACCAAGAAGGAGCGAGGAAACUGUUUGAGAAUCUCCUUCCGAGACAGGUUAAGGCGUUGGGAGAGAACCAUCCAGAUGUUAAGCUAGUGAAGGGGGAGUUGGAAAACAUGUGGUAGCAUGCUUAGGGGACUGUACGUUAGGUUCGUCGUGAUACUCAGGGGCAUCAAAUCCAAAGCAACUCAUCCCAAGUGAGACCUGAGCGGGUCGUCUGCUUUGUGGGUCGCGGCCUGAGUGUGAGGGCAGCCGCAAUUUCCGCUCUCCUAGGCAACGCCGGAUCCACAUGCUGGGCAGGUUUUCGGGGUCUUCAUGGCAGCUUCAAUGAAGCCUGAGUGCGGUGGUUGAUAGAUGUAGAGCUUGAGCAGAAAACUCUGAGCUGGGCAGCCCCACCAGGUUAUGUAAUCCUUUU